AAUAACGAUUCGUCCGCGAAUCAGAUCUUACCACGGCUGAAUGUACAGCUCAGACAACAGCAUCAGUAGUUAAUUGAGACGGAUUGCCCUUCAAUCUGGCUUUUACUCAACACAAAUGCUUCAUCCAGCAUCUCUCGGAUCACUGUUCUCCAACAAGCUUUAAACGGAUAGAUGCAAAAAUUAAAAAGGCAUGGAUAGGCUACGCGGAACGGCAAAUCCAUUAUUCACACACUUUUUGUGCACUUAUUUCCAUUGAUAAGUAACUAUAUUGCAGCGCGAGGCUCAAAUCAUUUUCUGGAAGAUGCGCAUGUAAGAUUAGUCGGAUUGUCCGAUUCACAGACGACUCUGUCAGAGAAUUAUCAGUUUUAAGUAGACUGCAGUUUGUAAGCAUGAGUGUGCAGUGGAUGCAUAAUCCAGUACAACACGGACACAAGCGCUUUGACUCGGACGAGCCAGUGGCCAAAUGUCCCCGGCUCAGCGAGUCUUCGGCUGAUGCGGGUCUCUUGGGUUCCUCGCCGGGAUCUCCGGUCAGCGGAGCGCCUCUGAGCGUCACUCCAACCCACCAGGGUCCCGCUCGCAUCGGCCAGUUCCUGCUUGUGCCCCUGAACGAUCGACCGGGGGUGCACAGCGCUUUAGACAUGGACACAGGAGAGGAGCUGGUCUGCAAGGUGUUUGAUAUGGGCCAGUACCAGGAGAAGAUAAGAGCCUACAGCAUGCUAUCAAAGCACAAGAACAUUGCACAUAUCAAAGAUAUAGUUCUUGGGGAGCACAAAGCUUAUGUGUUCCAGGAGAAGGAUUUUGGUGACAUGCAUACCUUUGUAAAGAGCAGCAAGAGGCUCCCUGAAGAACUGGCCUCCAAGCUUUUCUACCAGGUGGCAUCCGCAGUGAACCACUGCCAUCAAGUUGGCAUCGUUUUGGGGGACCUCAAGCUUCGCAAGUUUGUGUUUCCAAAUGAGAAAAGGAGCCAACUGAAGUUAGAGGGUCUUGAGGACUGCCAUAUUCUUUCUGGAGAUGAUGACUCGAUGUUUGACACACACGGCUGCCCCGCGUACGUGAGUCCUGAAAUCUUGAACGGUGGAGUGAGCUACUCAGGCAAGCAGGCGGAUGUGUGGAGCCUUGGCGUUAUGCUGUACACAAUGCUGGUGGGCCGCUACCCUUUCCACGACCUAGACCCCGCUACCCUGUUCUUUAAGAUCCGCCGGGGCACAUACUGCCUCCCCGAGGGGCUGUCUUUAAGGGCACGCUGUCUACUUCGCAGUCUGCUCAGAAAGGACCCCAACGAAAGACUCACUGCUGCGGAGGUGCUCAUUCACCCGUGGUUCCAUGGCAAUAUACAGGACACAGGAAAUACCGGAAACGAAGUCAACCUCAGAGAACAGACAGUGCCCCAGAUAGAAGUAGGGCAGGAUGAGGAUCUUUUCUCCUGAGAAAACCAAUAUAGCUUGAAUAUGGACCAACACUGUUCAACAUUCUCUUUGUGUUUUGUUUUCUGUUCUGUUCUGUUUCCAAUAUAUUUUGUAUAGAUAAAGAAGUAUACACUCAGUGAAAUCUAGUGAUAGACCGAUAUAUAUAUUUUGAGAUUAUCAGCAUCGGCCGAUAACUUUGUCCAGUUGGAAGCAAUGGUUUCAAAAUUCAAUUUGAAGCAUGACUGCAUGUUAUUUAUUUUGUAAAUAAGUCAAAUGUAAAAGUCAAAUGUAGAGCAAAAUGUAAAAGUUUUUCAAGUCAUUUUAAUGGGUUAGUUCACCUAUCAUUUACAGACCCUCAUAUUGUUUAAACCCGUAUGACUUUCAGCCUCAGUCACCAUUCCACUUCAUUGUAUUGAACUAAUAUGUAAUGAAAGUGAAUGGCUGUCAUUCUCCAUUUGCAUUCCAUGGAAGAAAGAAAAUCAUGAGUGUGAGUUAAUGACAACAAACUUUUCAUUAUUGGGUGAACUAUUCAUUUAACCACAGACCCAAUUAGACUAGAGCACUAUUCUAAAAACCCAUUAGACAUUCCCAAGGAAACCCAUGGCGAAUUAGCUUUCUGAGUUGACAAAAAUUCUCUAUUCAUCGUUAUUGUGUACAUCUAAUUUAUUACCAUUAAAUUACAACGUAUAUUUUGGCAAUACAUUGGCUAUUGGCCACCCUGCUCUCUAUUUAUCGAUGUCUGCCAUUGAAAAAAUCCAUAUCGGUCGACCACUAGUGAAUUCUCGCUUUAAGUACUGUAUCAUCUGUGUCAGGUUAAAGGACAUUGUGCACAGCCAGUGUAUUUUGAAAUCGAAGUCAUUUGGUGCUAGUAACCAUUGUUGUGCUGUAUAAAGUGAAUGCUGAGACUUGUCAUCACGGCUAAUGUGAAAGUGAAUGUCGCAUGGUGACUAACCUCGGCAAGGUCUUGAUGAAUCAGAACAUAUUAGUUGCAAAGGAGGGAGAGGAAGAGACAUGUGCUAGACCUGUGGCUUCACUCUCACUCUCAAAACCAGAAUGUAUGUUGACUCACCUACUGUAGCACCAUAGGAACAUGUAUCCUUUGAUAUGAGGAGAUUGGAGACUAAAGGAAAAAAACACAUUCAUUCUCUCUAUACAUGCGUACAUGCUAAAAGCUAAAUCACUGAUACUGUGUGCCAUUCUGACUUGCGCUUCACAGAAUUGCCAAACUGUACAGGAGAGGUGUUUAAAAGUGAAGUAAGACUCACGGUACUGUAUGCUAAACUGAAAUAAUAGCCCUGUACGACCACCAGUAUCAUAGAUGUGAUGGUAAAGCCAUAGUUCAUUAAAUUCAGCAUGAAUUUCUGAAAUUUUACUUAAUAAGUAUUUUGUCAUUUGUCUUGUAUUGGAGGCAAAAUUGAUUAAGAUAUUAAGACUUGUUCAUAGAAUAUAUGUUGAAUUAUAUUUAUAUUUCUAUCCUCAUUGUUGUAAGCAAACAUCUAACAAAACUGAGUUAGGUGUAAGUUUAAAAAGGGGGGAAAAAAAUGUUUAAAAAACUUAAUUGAAGGUUGAAUCUUACUAUGUUACUCAAUUUUGCUUUUCUAGCAAAUGUAUCUUGUUUUAAGGAUGUUCAGAUAUUUUAACUGGAGAACAAAUGGAAGAAAAGAAAUGGAAAGGUUGCUUUUAGUUUGAUAUAAAUGUUAAUUUCAGCAUACCCCUUAACCCCGCUGUAUCCUGACAUUUCUGUUUCCUUACUUGAAUCCAAGGGGUUCUUAUCCAACACGAGGAUUAAAUAUGGCAGUUCAGUUGAUACUGCGGGUAAGAUAUAAGAUGACAGAACAGCUGGUUGUUGCUUUAAACCGAAGGCUGAGAUUAGUGCAUUCAGUAUGACCAUGUGUGUCUCUUCCCUCGCACUUGAAAGAAAAGAGAACAGUACUACAAAAGCAUUACUGUAAGGGUAGAGUUGUGUUUCCCAUAGAGGUUUGUUUCUUUGCUUCCCCAUGUUGUGGGAAUUGUAUGUUACCUCUGAAUCUGAGCAUAAUGGUUUAAUGUGACUUUUAUGGAUUCUGAAAGGCUCUUUAUAAGCAAAGUAUCUCUUAGGCUGGAGGGCAUGCAAAAUGUCUCAUGCAGGCAGCACAUGGAGAAAGCUGACAUGAGUGCACAAAGUUCAUGUUGCACUGUGAAGUAUGUACUUGUGACACAAACCCCAAGGCUUGGCAACGAGGGUUAAAAUGGAUAAAAUUAUUUGUAAAAAAAAUUGUAAAUAUGUACAUUUUAAAUGUGUUGACAAAAUUUAAUAAAGA